AAGGAUUGUUUUGGAAUAACGACCGUUUCAGUCCAUGUGUUUAGGCGUAUUUCCUGAGAAAGGAAACCCUUUUGAAAUACUCAAGAUAUUUAAACCCUGGGACUCUCCAAACGCGCUCGGCGUCAGGGAGGAGGGUGACACCAAACCCACGUAGGGCUUCGAACAGGUUUCUGAACGACUUUUACUCUCACGUCAUGCAUGAUACGACGGAAGGAGUCCCGAUGGCAGACCCAACGGAUGGCAGCUUGAAUUGAUGCUCUCAGUCCUAGCGCAUGUUUUCUCCUGGAUGGUCCAUCACUAUCCUCCUCAUCAUCUCCUCACAUCACAUCGUAUGUGUUGAUGUCAACGACAUGUCGAUCUGAUAUUUAGGGGGUCCUUGCAUUUCAGUGAGCGCUCCUGGGCGCAGUGAGCAAUGUGUCGUUUUUGUGUCAGGGUGUGGAUUCUCCCGUUUUUGUGAUCAUGUAAUGCGGUUCAUCGAACCACCGUGAGGCGAGGUGACCGAACAUGGAGACAGGGAGUCGAGCACCCACUGUUUGGGAUGGUGCUUCUACGACCAAUUUCACACCGGCCAGCCUCUUGCAAGAUCUCUUCCUUAAUGCCACCAGCAGCAGUACCACGAACCCGUGGGACAAAGGUCCGUUUGACGACCCAUUCCGUAUGGGGGAGCAGAAAUUCUCCUUCCAAUUACGAGCCUACAGGGACUUCACCACCGCCAUUCAAGUUUUUUUACUCCUUGGCUCGCUCAUUGGGAACGCCCUGAUGCUCUGGUGUGCGUGGCGCACCAGCGUCUUCAAGUCGGUGACGGGCCGCUUCAUCGCCAACCUUGCGUGCUCGGGCGCCGCCGCCGCCCUGGUGUGCGUGCCCUUCGACGUCGCGCUGGCCACUGCCGCCGGCCCGGACCUGUGCUGCGGCUGGCUGCGCGUGCCCGCCGUGUGCAAGACCAUCAAGUUCCUCCACCGGCUGUUCUGCUCCGUCACCAUGCUCAGCUUCGCGGCCAUCGCUCUCGACAGGUAUUACUCAGUGCUGUACCCCCUGGAGCGGAAAAUCUCCGAGGCCCGAUCCCGGGACCUGGUCAUCUACAUGUGGGCCCACGCCACGGUGGCCAGCGUCCCCGUGUUCGCCGCCACCAACGUGACGGACGUGUACGCGGCGGCGUCCUGCUCCGACGCGCCGCCCCGCGCCCUGGGCCACGUGCUGUACGUGGCGCUCUACAACGGCACCACCGUGGUGCUGCCGCUGGCGCUGGUCUUCCUGCUCAUGCUGCUGAUCCGCCGCGCGCUGAGCGCCAGCCAGAAGAAGAAGGUGGUGAUCGCGGCGCUGCGCACGCCCCAGAGCGGCAUCUCCAUCCCGUACGUGUCCCAGCGCGAGGCCGAGCUGCACGCCGCCCUACUGGCCGCCGUGCUGGCCUUCUCGGCCUGCAGCGCCCCCUACGGGGCGCUGGCGGUGUACCGCACCGUGCUGGGGGCCGAGAGCGCCGCGCUGCUGCCCGCGCCGCUCUACCUCACCGCCGUGUGGCUGCCCAAGGUGUCCCUGGUCACCAGCCCGCUGAUGUUCCUCACCGUCAGCCGCGCGGCCCGCCAGAGCCUGCUGGACCUGCUGGCCCGGCUCCACCGCCGCUACAGCCGCCGCAACGUGGUGGGCUCCGGGGGGCUGGUGUCGCUGGGCGGGGAGAGCAGGGGGCCGGCGGAGGGCGGCUCCAGGACCGGCCUGGAGACGGCGGGCCGCUCCGGGAGCCAGCUGCUGGAGAUGUUCAACAUCGGACAGCAGCAGAUCUACAGGCCGUCGGAAGAGGAGGAGGAGGAGGAGGAGGAGGAGGAGGAAGAGGAGGAUAAGGGGCUGGACGGCAAGAAUAACGGGUUGGCGGACGGGGAGGCCCCCCCGGCCCCCCGGGGGUCCCCGGCGCAGCCGUGCACGGCGUACGCCUCGUCCUCCCAGGUGGCGCCGGCCACGCCCACGGACAGCGAGGACGUGGUGCAGUUCGGCUUCGGGCCGUUCGAGCUGCCGCCCCAGUGGCUGCCUGAGACCCGCAACAGCAAGAAGAGGCUGCUGCCGCCGCUGGGGAACACCCCCGAGGAGCUGAUCCAGACCAAGCAGCCCCGGCCGCGGCCCGAACGCCGCAUCAGCCGGAACAACAAGGUCAGCAUCAUACCCGCCGCCGUCGACCCCUGAGGCGGACCGGACACCGAGGGGACGUUAGCAGCCCGUUGGCCGCGGGCGUCUAGUCAGAUACGCUGCAUCAUUUGCCUUUUUUUUUGUAUCGCACCUUUUAAGUGUUGCUGUCGUUUGAGUCCCGCUCGUUUCCCCGCUCUGCUAUCCCGAUGCGAGUUAAAGUCUCGCAAACUGUAAGAAAGGGUUUUAUGUCUGCCACUGUGAUGCUUUGAGAUGGGUGUCCUGUGAAGGACUUGUAUUCUGACACCCUGUAUUGUUUGGUCAAUGUAUAUCUUUCGUUCACUUUUAGUUGCGUAAAAUACAACGUAUUAUGCUCACUGA